AUGAGAGGCUUGCAAAGCCUGGCCGCAGGCUUGAUCUGCAGCACGUUGCUUUCUGCGGUUACGGCACAGGGAAUCACUGCUAUACAUGAACCUGGUCGAUGCGCUAUCCGUGGUCACUGUGGAAAGAAGAGCAUUUUUGGUGGGGAGUUGCCUUGUCCGGACAAUGGGCUGGCGCAUGACCCGGAUGACGCCGUGAGAGAAAAGCUGGUCUCAUUAUGUGGGAACAAAUGGUCUGAGGGCCCUGUGUGUUGCAAAGAAGAACAGGUUGACGCUUUGAAAAAGAACCUGAAGCUCGCAGAGGGUAUUAUCGCCUCCUGUCCCGCAUGCGUCGAUAAUUUCUUCAACAUGUUCUGUACAUUUACAUGCUCGCCCGACCAGUCGCUGUUCGUCAAUGUCACACAAACCGAGCCCAAGGGAGACAAAUUUUUGGUCACGGAAAUAGACAAUCUCUGGUCGGAAGAAUACCAGAACGGCUUUUACGACAGUUGCAAGAAUGUGAAGAAUGGCGCGUCAGGAGGCAAGGCGAUUGAUUUCAUCGGCGGAGGAGCCAAGAAUUACACCCAAUUCAUGAAAUUUCUAGGAGACAAGAAGCUGCUCGGCAGUCCGUUCCAGAUCAAUUACGAAACGGAGCCUCGAAACCCGGAUCCUCACGGCAUGGAAGCUCUACCCAUCGUUCCAAAGGCCUGCAAUGAUUCAGAUCCAGCUUAUCGUUGCUCUUGUGUGGAUUGCCCCUCAGUCUGCCCAACGUUGCCGGAAGUCAAGUCUCAAGAUUAUUGCCACGUUGGACUUAUGCCGUGUAUGUCCUUCGCAGUCAUUAUCAUCUACUCGGUAUUCCUAUCUCUCGUUGUAUCAAUUUCGAGCUAUGUAGCAUACCUGGAACGACGAUAUCGCAAACCCGAACGGGUCAGAUUGUUGCAGGAUCCGGUACAAAGUGAUGACGAGGACGACGGUGAGUUUGUUCGUGGCAUUGGCUAUUUGGACACCCCUCAUAAGCACUACAAGUUGAAUGCUAUCUGCGACAAAGCGUUCAAUUGCCUUGGCAAUAUCUGUGCCCGUUUUCCUGCGAUUACGAUCUUCGGGAGCAUUCUUAUCGUCGGGCUCCUCAGCUUGGGCUGGCUUCAAUUCACUGUAGAGACAGAUCCCGUUCGCCUCUGGGUUAGCCCUACCUCAGACGCCGCUCAAGACAAGGAGUUUUUCGAUGAAAAUUUCGGCCCAUUCUUCCGCGCUGAGCAAGCCUUUUUGGUCAACGAUACGGGGCCUGUAUUGAACUAUGAUACAUUGAGCUGGUGGUUCGAUGUUGAAAGUCGCGUUCGCCGCAUGAUAUCCUUGAAGCAGGGUUUGACUCUAGAUGAUGUGUGUUUCAAGCCGACGGGUGAUGCCUGCGUGGUACAAUCCCUCACAGGAUAUUAUGGUGGCUCGUUGGCUGGCGUUACUCCUUGGAACUGGGAAAAAACCCUCACUCACUGCACUGAAUCACCCGGUGAUGUUAGCUGUCUCCCCGAUUUCAAACAACCUCUUCAACCUACCAUGAUUCUUGGUGGCUAUGAGGAUACCAACAAUGUGCUUGAUGCAAACGCCAUUGUGGUCACAUGGGUUGUAAACAAUUUUGCGCCGGGUACCGAAGGCGAAAGCAGAGCAAUCGAUUGGGAAGAAAGCUUGAAGCAAGUCUUGGAGGUCGUGCAUGAAGAAGCAUGGGAGCGCGGUCUCCGUCUAUCUUUCAAUACAGAGAUGAGCCUGGAGCAGGAGUUGAACAAAUCAACCAAUACGGAUGCCAAGAUUGUGGUUGUCAGUUAUGUGAUCAUGUUCAUCUAUGCAUCUAUUGCGUUGGGAUCUGGAGCACUAACUCUUCGGUCGCUGUUGACUAACCCAUCGAACGCACUGGUCCAGUCCAAAUUCACCCUAGCAAUUGUCGGAAUCGUAAUUGUUCUGAUGUCGGUUUCCUCUUCAAUUGGAUUGUUCUCUGCGCUUGGCAUCAAAGUGACCCUCAUUAUCGCAGAAGUCAUUCCAUUCCUAGUACUUGCCGUUGGAGUCGAUAACAUUUUCCUUAUUGUCCACGAAUUUGACCGCGUGAACAUCAGUCAUCCCGAUGAGGAAAUCGACGAGCGUAUUGGCCGUGCUCUUGGUCGCAUGGGACCUAGCAUUCUCCUAUCAGCCAUUACUGAAACUGUGGCGUUUGCUAUGGGUAUAUUCGUCGGCAUGCCAGCAGUCAAGAACUUUGCUGCUUAUGCCGCUGGUGCUGUUUUCAUCAAUGCCAUUCUCCAGGUCACCAUGUUCAUUGCUGUUCUCGCGCUCAACCAGAGGCGAGUUGAGAGUCUUCGUGCUGACUGUUUUCCUUGUUUCACCGUUCGGCGGGCAACAUCUUCCGGUCUACCGGAUGGUGUCGAUUAUGAUGAUAUGGCUGGAGAAAGUUUCCUGCAAAGGUUCAUCCGCCGCGUCUAUGCACCAGCUCUGCUAGAUCGGAGAGUAAAGGCAGCUAUUAUAGUCAUCUUCCUUGGCUUCUUCACUGCAGGUCUGGCCCUAAUACCUGAAGUCCAGCUAGGUCUUGACCAACGCAUUGCGCUCCCGACUGACUCUCAUCUUAUCCAAUACUUUGACGAUCUUGACCAGUAUUUCCAAACUGGUCCCCCGGUGUAUUUCGUCACACGCAACGUCAACAUAACAGAAAGAUCACACCAACGCCAGGUUUGUGGUAGAUUCUCCACAUGCGAAGAAUAUUCACUUCCUUUUGUGUUGGAACAAGAAUCUAAACGCCCCAACGUUUCCUAUAUAUCCGGAUCUACCGCUAGUUGGCUGGACGACUUCUUUUACUGGCUCAAUCCUCAACAGAAUUGUUGCAAAGAGAAUGGAAAGGUUUGUUUUGAAGAUCGUACACCAGCUUGGAAUAUUACCUUAUCCGGCAUGCCGGAGGGAGAAGAGUUUAUCCACUACGUUGAGAAGUGGCUCGAAUCACCCACGGAUGAAAAUUGUCCUCUUGGAGGCAAAGCUCCAUAUAGCAAUGCGCUUGUGAUAGACCACAAACGCGUUACCACGAAUGCCACUCAUUUCCGGACGAGCCACACUCCCUUGAAGACUCAGACUGAUUUCAUCAAUGCACAAGCCUCGGCUCGACGCAUAUCGGACUAUCUGUCCAAGGAACAUGACAUCGACGUUUUCCCGUAUUCGAAGUUCUAUAUUUUCUUUGAUCAAUAUGCGUCUAUUGUUCGCCUCACCGGCACACUGCUCGGAACCGCUAUCGGUAUCAUUUUUGUCGUCAGCUCCGUUUUACUGGGAUCUUUGGCUACUGGUGCAGUUGUUACCACGACUGUCGUUAUGAUAGUCGUAGACGUUAUUGGAACCAUGGCUGUUGCCGGUGUUUCGCUCAAUGCAGUUUCCCUCGUCAACCUGGUCAUCUGCGCGGGUAUCGGAGUUGAGUUCUGUGCGCAUAUUGCUCGUGCUUUCAUGUUCCCAUCCCGCAAUAUGCUGGAAAAGAGCUCCAAGUUGCGUGGUAAGGACGCACGUGUGUGGGCUGCCCUCAUCAAUGUGGGAGGUAGCGUCUUCAGUGGAAUUACCAUUACCAAGCUGCUUGGCGUCUGUGUACUUGCAUUUACACGCAGUAAGAUCUUUGAAAUCUACUACUUCCGUAUCUGGCUGGCCCUCGUGAUCUUCGCUGCCACACAUGCCUUAAUCUUCUUGCCUGUUGCUUUGAGUUAUUUCGGCGGAGAGGGCUACGUGGAUCCCGAAUCAGAUGGCGGCCUGGAGGAUAACCUCGCUGCGCGCGGCUAUCGGUCACUUCUAAUGAACGACGACUAUGACUCUGAAGAAGAAGAUUAG